UUCUUUCGAAGUUGCAAAUUGUUGUAAGCAUUUGUUUGUUUAGUUGUCGUUUGCUUCUCUCUCUCCAUUCGAGUACCUUUUUCGCCACUCCUUUUUUGGGUGGCAAAAGGUUCUUUCUUUUCUUUUCUUGAUGUGCCCCCCACAAAUCUCAAAAACUCUAAAUUCAAUUCUGAUUUCUUUCUUUCUUAACCUUUUCUAAGUUUAAGUUUUAUACCGUUGAGGAGGAGUAACCUUUUCCAGUUUUCUGUGUAAGUCAAUAAGUGAGUCAAUCUCUUUCCAUGGGUUUUCUCCGUCUAUUCUCAUUUAUUUGAUACAUCUAUAAAUAAAAAAUAUACAUAUACUUUUUAAUUUUUUUGGCUGAUGGGUUGGUUGACUUAGUUGUCUUUGGACUUAAACCAUGUUCGAUGGUGAUUUAUGUUGAGCCACCUUGAUCUUAAAAAGAAGAACUUAAUGUCUGAAUUUGUUGGAGUAAGUUCGGAUGUUAAUUGAACCAUGCAGCUAUAUCACCAUCCCUACUCUUUGAACAGCCAAAGGGUGAGAUUAGCUUUGGAAGAGAAAGGCAUUGAUUACACAUCACACCAUGUCAAUCCUAUUACAGGCAAGAACAUGGAUGCCUCUUUCUUUAGGAUGAAUCCUAGUGCUAAAAUCCCUGUCUUUCAGAAUGGCUCCCACAUCAUCUUUGAUACUAUUGAGAUAAUCCAGUAUGUAGAGAGAAUCGCAUUAGUAUCUUUAGGCACUGAUAACAUCAUGUGUAGCAGCAGAGAAGUCAUUGAAUGGAUGCAGAAGAUACAAGAAUGGAAGCCAAAGUUCUUCACACUGGUCCAUAUACCAGACAAGUAUCGGCAAUAUGUUUCAAAGUUCAUUAGACGAGUAAUUAUCGCUCGCAUGGCUGAAUCUCCUGAUCUUGCAGGUGCUUACCAUUCAAAGUUAAGAGAAGCCUAUGAGACAGAUGAUAAGAUGAAAAAACCAGACAUUGCAUCUCAGGACAAGGAACAUCUAAUUAGACUUCUUGAUGAUAUCGAAGCACAGUUGAAUGAAACAGCAUUUUUAGCAGGAGAAGAAUUUACCAUGGCGGAUGUGAUGCUUAUUCCAGUGCUCGCUCGCCUAGUGCUCUUGAAUUUGGAGGAAGAGUACAUCGGAAGCAGGCCAAACAUUGCUGAGUAUUGGACUUUGGUUCAGCAAAGGCCUAGUUACAAGAAGGUAAUUGGGAAAUAUUUCAAUGGAUGGAAGAAGUACAUGACUUUGAUGAAAACAUGGGGCUUUGUUCGUCUCAGAACUCUUGUGAAGAGAUUUUGAUGCAAGUGUACACACUACACACACAUAUAUUUAAAUCUUUGAGGUUGAAUAAAGUCAAAAGAAAAGGAGCUAACUUUAUGUACGUUUUGGUCUUUCUUUCUGCAUUUUCUUCUUCAUUUUACUUGGAGAAGAUGCAUUGAGUGGAAAUAUAUCUUGAAUAUUGAUCCACAAUAUUAAAUUAAAUUACAAAGAUUAGCAUUUGUACACAAUUGCUUAUGCUCUCCAACUGAAAUGUGUGAGCUUUUACCAGUGCAAAAUUAUACUUGUGAAUUACAAGAAUUCUCUUUUGGAUUGGUACCUUUCAGCGUUGGCAUGAAGGUGGUGACAUAACGGGAUGACUUUGUUGGCGCCGAUGCAGUCGUCCUUCCCUUGUGAGGGCAGUGUCUGUGUUGUUGGCUCUUCUCAGAUCCGUUGUUGAGGUUGUGCUUGACAUGGGAUUCCUGUGUUUUGGUUGUUCAGGUCUCUUUGGUAGUGGUGUUCUCAGGUCGGAUCCAAGGGUGCUCGGGUCGUCUCUCGCUGAUGGUUGGUGGCAUUAUCUAAGUCUCUUCCUGAUUUGGCUUGGUUUUUUUCUCCUUUUGUUUUGUUUUAUUUUCUCAAUAAUGAUAUUGUUAUGGGUUUGUCCACCUUUAGUGUGGAGUUUUCUACUGUUAAUCUUUCAUAAUAUGGUGUUUGGUUUACUUUAUCACAAUUAGUUCUUAACAUUGUUUUUAUUGACUCAUUCAGGCAACAAAAGUUGAUUACAAGAUUUUUUA